CCAACACGGAAGAACAAGAAAACUCUGCACCACACAUGGCCCACAGGGCAAGGGAUGCUCAUCUCCCCUCCCUCGAGGCGGGGGGAAGAGAAACAGGAUGUCUAUUAUAGAAAGAUCCUUCCUCCAAAUGGGAACCGAAAGCGAGAGCUCAGCGCUGCACUUCUAACCGGUGCUCUUGUCGAAGCCUACCCGACCCAGCUUUCGGAGCCCGUUCUGCAAAGGACUGCCAUGUCUAGCUUUGAAACUGCAGACACUGAAGAGAAAGCAACCUGCCUCCAAAUUACUGUCUAUCAUCCAAGACAGGAGGAGCUGCAAGUAUUCCGUGACUUCAAUUUUUGCCAGGAACAGCAGCUGAGAGCUGAUGAUCUGGUUAAGUUUGGAAGGGACUGUAAUAGCUGCCAUUUUAACUUCUUUGAUGCACGGGUUUCACGCAUUCAGUUUGCCCUGCAAUUUUUCAGACACUUCAACAGCUCUGAGUUUGGUUUUGAAAUUAAGAACUUAAGCAAAAGGGCUAAACUAAUCGUGGACAAUAUUGAACUGGGCUACCUGAAUAAGGUUGAACUCCCAGAGACAUGCAUGAUUCGCUUUGGAGAUUACCAGAUGCUAAUGCAAAAACAUGAAGGACAGUCAGAGGACUAUUUUGACAUUUGCUUUGAAUUGGCCCGAAAGUCACUGUGGCAUGAACAAAAUCUCUCUGUGCGGGUACCUAUCCCUGAUACUAACAUUUCCUAUGCUGUCUCACCAGUAGAGAUGGAUGAGAAUGAAUAAAAGGGAAAGACCCAUGAGAAACCACUGUCAGUGUUCCUUGUUCAAUGCAUAACUUUUUGUCCUGUGUCUCACAGCAACUGAAAGUUUUCCACAUCUGCAUAUGUGCAAAAGUUAGCAGCAUCCUCUGCAUUUUGCCUCAGCCCUCCCAUUGCUCUUAAAUCUGGUUCCAUGAUGUGCUGAACUUUGUAACUAAGAAUGUAGUACCCAGGUUUGCUGUUUUCCCAUCCUCCCUCCCAAUCACCUUUCCUUUUGUGGUGCUUCUUAGUAAAGUGUAUGGGCAAAAACUGUCUUAUUUUUUUAUUGGUAUUGUUGUGAAAAAUAUAGCUACUUGUAAAAGUACAUUAUUUUAAGUAUUUUUAUUUCAUUGUUAUGAAACUAAUGAAAAAGUUCCAAACAUAAAGGAAUAAUUAAAUAGAAGCAUUUUAAUGCAACAUUAAA